UCCUCUCUUGCGGUGAGUUCACGCCAUCCCCCUCCAUUUUCCCCAAAGCAAACGAGAUUAGAGAAAAAAAAGAGAGGAUUAAUCGGUGACAAGAGGUUUUCAAACCAAAAAAAUCGGUGACAAGAAAAACGAAGAAUCUGCUGCUGCGCCGCCUGGAAUAAAAGGCGCACAGGGCUUUGGGAGUUUGGGAAUUUCUGAGCCAAGGAAUCUCCUCCUCUUCUCUCUCCUUCGUGCUUCUCCAGUCUCCACCUCCCUGGGCGCUGUUGCCCCUUCCAAAUCUGCGCCAACUGCGCCACCGUAUCCCGGUUUUUUUUCCCCCGCUUCUUGUCGCUGCGCCCAAUCAGGAGGCGAGGCUGCUGGCCUCGUUUCCUCCGCGCGAGGGUUGGGGCUUUCCGCGCCGCGACCAAGAAACGGUUCCCGGAGCAGGAGCUUGGAGGCUUCCGCGUGGUCUGGUGAUUGAGCUCGGGACGACGGGAGGUGUAGUUCUGCGCGUCAUUGCCGGGCUCAAGGUUGGAUACUUGGAUUUGGUGCGGAUGUUCCUGUUUGCUACUGGUUUUGGGGACUUUUGAGGUGAUCGAUCCACCAGUCCUGGGGAGUAGGCCUAAUCCCUCUAUGAACAAUACGAUCGGAAAAGCAGUCUCCUGUUCAGAUGCUGCCCAUUAAACUAGUCCCAGUGUUGUACAAAGAUUCUGUCUUUUGGCAGAAUACAGUGAUCCCCUCUGCUUCUUGUCCAGGGCAGAAUACAGUUGCUCCAACUCGAUGUUGGUAUUGUAGGAGUGGAUAAGUCGUAAGGAUCUUUAAACUGCACGAGUGGAGCAAAGCCAUGGAUAUGCCUACGCCAUCCAACCGUGCUGGCUGCAAUGGCAACACCGGCGGUACUAUGGGCCCUUCAGAUGAUCCUUAUGGUGCAGCAGCCAUGAACCUUGAUUGUUACUCGGAGAUUUACAGCCCUUCGGUGGCCGACCAACUAUUCUCGCUGCUAAAUGAUCCAGCUGCACACCGGAUGUUUGCUAUGUGGCCAUCCAUGGGAUCAUCGCCGUGUGCUGCUGGUACGAGUGAAGAUAUGCCGCUCGAUGCAUAUUCUGGCCUAGGGGAGGCAGUGGAAGAACCUUCUCAAAUAAUGUCAGUGAAUCCAACUGAAGCAGAGAAAACGGGCAAGAGUUCAGGCGAGCUUGGUUCGGACGAUGGUGCCCAUCAAGGGAGUAGCAUGGUUCCAAGGUCUGUUGUGGGCAGUUCACUUGCUGACAGGAUGCUCAUGGCUUUGUCCUUGUUCAGGGAAUCAUUGGGCAGCGGUGCUCUUGCCCAAGUCUGGAUGCCUGUUGAGCAGGAGGGUCAUGUUGUGCUGAGUACAUGUGAGCAACCUUUUCUACUCGACCAGGUUCUUGCAGGGUAUCGAGAAGUAUCCAGGCACUUUGUGUUUUCAGCGAAGGAGGAGCCUGGUCUACAGCCAGGGCUUCCAGGGAGGGUCUUCAUCUCUGGGGUGCCAGAAUGGACCUCAAGUGUCCUCUACUAUAAUAGGCCAGAGUAUUUGAGGAUGGAGCAUGCUCUCCAUCACGAGAUACGUGGGUCACUUGCAAUGCCAAUUUAUGACCCCAGCAAGGAUUCUUGCUGUGCAGUGUUUGAGCUUGUUACAAGAAAGGAGAAGCCUGAUUUCAGUGCAGAGAUGGACAACGUUUGCAAUGCCUUGCAGGCAGUGAACUUGAAGGCUACAAAAGGUUCUAGCAAUCAGAAGUUUUAUACAGAGAACCAGAAAUUUGCCUUCACUGAGAUUUUAGAUGUUCUCAGAGCUAUUUGCCAUGCACAUAUGCUUCCACUGGCCCUUACAUGGGUUCCUACAUCAAAUGGUAUUGAUGGUGGUUAUGUUGUUGGAAAGGAUGGUGCCAGUUUUUCACAAUCAGGGAAAACAAUAAUACGCAUCCAUGAAUCUGCAUGUUAUGUUAACGAUGGAAAGAUGCAAGGUUUUCUUCAAGCAUGUGCCAGACGUCAUCUUGAGAAAGGGCAAGGCAUUGCAGGACGAGCACUCAAAUCUAAUUUGCCAUUUUUCUCGCCUGAUAUAAGAGAGUACAGUAUUGAGGAUUACCCUCUUGCACACCAUGCACGUAAGUUUAGUCUGCAUGCUGCUGUUGCCAUUCGUCUAAGGAGCACAUACACUGGCAAUGAUGACUACAUACUAGAAUUCUUUCUCCCGGUCAGCUGCAAAGGCAGUGGAGAACAACAGAUGUUGCUGAAUAACCUCUCCAGUACAAUGCAAAGAAUAUGCAAAAGUCUGCGAACAGUUUAUGAAGCAGAAGUUGAUAAUGUUAAUGCUGGUACUGCAGCUGUGUUCAGGAAAAACAAUGAGAGUUGCUUGCCAACUGGACACACAGAAAGUUCUUCACAUGGUGAUCAAUCAAUCACAGGAGCUUCAUUCGAGGAUACAUCUUUAGCUAACAAGCCAGGAGUCAUGGAACCUGAGUUGGCUGAGCAGGUACAGCCUAGUUCCAUAGGACAUGCAGAGAAAAAGCGCAGUACAGCUGAGAAGAAUAUUAGCUUGGAUGUUCUUCGUAAGUACUUCUCUGGGAGCCUAAAGGAUGCUGCAAAGAGCCUUGGUGUUUGUCCAACAACUUUGAAACGGAUAUGCCGGCAUCAUGGAAUUUCACGAUGGCCAUCUCGCAAGAUAAACAAGGUUAAUCGUUCAUUAAAGAAGAUUCAAACUGUCAUAAACUCUGUUCAUGGUGUGGACAGAUCCUUGCAAUAUGAUCCUGCUACUGGAUCUCUUGUUCCAGUAGUUUCUCUGCCAGAAAAGUUGACAUUCCCUUCUUGCGAUGGUUUGCCAACUCCAUCAGUCGGAAAAACUGUGGAAGAGAAUUCUGACCUAAAAUCUGAAGAAGGGUGUUCUUUGCCUGAUGGAUCGCAAAGACAAAGUUGCCAGUUGCAGAUCUCUGAUGUGAAGAAAAGUAACGAGGAUGAAUUUCACAUUGGCAGUGGUAACAGUGAUUUUUAUGGUGCAAAUGCCACAGCAAAAUCUAAUUCUGAGGUCACACAAGGUCCAUUAUGUCCCACUGGUGCUUUUAGUGCUUUGCAUCUCAAGGGAACAGAUUGCACCAAUCCUUCUAGCUCUCUCCGCCCAAGUUCCGAAAGCACCAGAAAUCAAAUAGUUGGAAGAAACUCACCAUCUAUACAACAAGAAGAUCUUGAUAUGCUUGACAAUCAUGAAGCCGAGGACAAGGACCACAUGCACCCUUCUACCUCUGGUAUGACUGACUCUUCUAGCGGCAGCGCAUCAAGCCACCCUACCUUCAAACAGAACACAAGAAGUGCUCUUAAAGAUGCAGCCAGUCCUGCACUGACAGUUAAGGCAACCUACAACGGAGACACUGUGCGGUUCAAGUUCUUGCCAUCUAUGGGUUGGUAUCACCUAUUGGAAGAAAUAGCAAAGAGAUUUAAGCUGCCAACCGGAGCAUACCAGCUCAAGUACAAGGACGACGAGGAUGAAUGGGUCAUCUUGGCAAACGAUUCAGAUCUCCAGGAGUGCGUCGAUGUUCUCGACUCCAUAGGGUCGCGAAUCGUGAAACUCCAGGUACGAGAUCUCCCUUGCAUCGUCAGCAGCUCGGGAAGCAGCACCUGCUUGCAGUUGGCGGCACAUAGCUCAUAACAUGGUAGGGAAUCCUGGGCUCCUGUCACCCAACCCUCAACUGUACCAUAUUACAGUAGGCUAGUCUUUGUUGUAGCAACAGCCAAUAGGGUUUGUAUUAUGUAUGCAGUAGGGUAUAUUAUGCAGUUUAGCUAGCAUCAACGGUGGAGUCAUCAUCCCACACAGAUCAGAUCAUAUUCUCGCAAGAAACAAUGCCAUUAAGGUCUUAAGUUUGUUGAACACGAGUACAUGACAAUAACCUGUUGUCAUGAUGGUGUACAGUGCUUGUGAAUCGUGGUCCUGGCUCUCUGUUGUACUCCCUCCGGUUUCAUUUUAAUUAAUGUUUUAGACAAAGACACGGUCUACAAAAUAUAUCUUUUACCUUAUUUUUCUAUUAUAAUAUAUAUAAUAAAUAAAUGCAUGUUUAGUUUUAUUAUAGUGCUUUAAAAGACAAAUCUAUAUAUGUUGUUCUAGUUCUUUUAAACCAAAUAUUUUUAAAGUUAGUGAUGGUCAAAGUUAUAAAAGUUUGACCUUAACCUUGUUUUUUCUAAAACGUCAAUUUAUAUGGAACCGGAGGGAGUACAUGCUCACGAAUGUUUCUGCACAUAUUGGUCCAACUGUAAAUCUGCUUCUUUCAGCUCUCUGAAUUAUUGUAUAUUACGACCCGUGUGCUGUGUACUUA